CUACCAUAACAGAUGGUGGGAACAACAUUGCAUCCACCGGGUACAACAAUAGACCGCAGCAUCCAGUCCAGACAACACUGGCCUUGCACCACCAUGCUCCCCGUGCAGGACGGCGUGAGGCUGUGAGUGCCGUCGUGAUUUAUUUCACGCGGUACCACCAACACCACGGCCACGGAGGAACCUUCUUGCGACUGUUUGGGCUCUCUCCAUCAAGCGGGGGAAGAUGGCCGCUAUGAAAAUAUUAACCAGCACAGGGCUCUUCUUGGCUUUCUGUGCGCUGGGGCUGCUCGCCAUGGCGAUCUGCACCGACUAUUGGUACGAGACCGAUGCGAGGAGACAUCGGGAGAGGUGUAAAAACUAUGCCAACAAGCGAAACGACCCGGGUUACAUCUACAUUUCAAACCACAACCUCCCCCUCCAGAUGCCUCCAAAGAGCGUGGAGAGGAAAGGUAAUGGCCCAGAUGCUGGAGCUCUCAUCAGGGAGAAGCGGCACUUUCUGGCCGCAGUGUCCACCAUGGAGUCCCAUUGCAGCCGCCAGUUUAACUCCACCAUCUCCGGGCUUUGGAGGAAGUGUCACCGGGAAGGAUUCGACCUGGAAACCGAGGACCUUAUUUACAAAGGGAUAAUUCAAAGAUGUACCCCAGUCAAGUAUCACUACUCUUCGUCCAUCCUCCCUCGAAAUUUACCCGUCAACAUCACAAAGACCAUACGACAGGAUGAAUGGCAUGCACUCCAUCUAAGAAGAAUGACCGCGGGAUUUGUGGGCAUGGCUGUGUCCAUCAUUCUUUUUGGCUGGAUCAUUGGAGUGCUGGGAUGCUGCCAGCAGCAUGACCUCAUGCAAUAUGUAGCUGGGCUACUCUUUCUCAUGGGAGGAACAUGCUGCAUCAUCUCCCUGUGCACAUGUGUGGCAGGAAUCAACUUUGAGUUAUCCCGCUACCCCCGCUACAUGUACGGACUCCCUGAGGACAUUAGCCAUGGCUAUGGCUGGUCCAUGUUUUGUGCCUGGGGGGGCCUCGGUCUCACAUUGCUGGCUGGCUUCCUCUGCACCUUGGCCCCCUCCCUGAGCACGCCUGCUCGCACAACAACCCACAAGCCGAGGCAAGAGAAUGGAACCGUGUGACAGGACGGAGGCGCCGUGAAGCAACUGACCCACGGAGCGCACAAACCACACCCUUCCAACCGUGAUGUUUAACUCUGAAACAAUUUUUUUGUCUGAUCACCAUCUCACACCACCCUUGACAUCGCCAUCCUCGCUCAGUGUUCAGUGUGCCUGAGUUGUGACAGAGGGAGCAAAGUAACAACAAACUUCACACACCUAUUCUCAAAAAACCCUGAGGGAACUCCAGGACCACCAACACUUAACGUAUGACUGGGGCAUCUCUCUCAUAGCACAAAUAAGACGUUUUUUUGG